AUGGCGACCGCGUCGCAAAACCCAUAUCCCCGAUCUCCCAACCCCUCGGUACGGCCCUACGACUCGCCUGCCAUCUCGUCUGCCACGUCGCCCAAGUCCACCGCACACUAUAUUGGGAGCCUGAUGAAGCAGAGCGCGAGCGCCCCGAGGUCGGCCCCGGCGCCCCCUCCGCACCCCAUUGGCAUCCCAUCGCCGCUGCCGGCAGUCCACCAGCUCCCCACCAGCUCGUUCCAGCCAUACACGCCCGUCACGGCCACCUCGUCCGUCAUGGAACGGGAUUCGCUGCCGUCAAGCGAGUCGGUGGCCGGCACUCCCCGCCCGACCCACUCCCAGUUACCCGCAACGUCCGGUGGCCAAGCACAGAAACGAGCGUACCGCCAGAGGAGAAAGGAUCCGAGCUGUGAUGCCUGUCGUGAAAGGAAGGUCAAGUGCGACGCCACCGAAACCGCCAGCUGUUCCGAGUGUUCUAGCAGGAGCGUCAAGUGCCAGUUCACCAAGGAGACAAACCGUCGCAUGUCGUCUAUCAAGCAGGUGCAGGAUCUCGAGAAGCAGAUGGAACGAGUCCGACGCGAGAACACCAGCCUCCGGCGCAUGCUGCAAGACCGCGACGGCCGCCUGUUCGACAUGGAUGUCGACAGUGUCGAGCAACUCCCCUUACAGCUCCCGGAGAUCGGCUUGACGCCCAAACGCAAGACGAGGCCAGCGGGCAUCCACGAUCUUGCACGGGCCAGAAGCAACCUGCGAAGGUUUGCGCGAGGGAUAUGGAAGCCUCCUGGGCCCUAUCGACUCUCCCCCGCGGCCGAAACCCGUGACUGUCAGCAGAUGCUGCCCCCGCGGCAGACCACCGAGGCGCUGCUGCGGUCCUAUUACGCUUCGGCUCACUCGAUGACGCCCAUCCUUCACUGGAACACGUUCACGCAAACUGUUGAUGAUCUGUACCGCCCGGGCAACCCCAUGCGUGUCUCUCAAGUUUUCGUUUCCGUCUUAUUUGCUGUCUUGGCCGUCGGCAGGCUGUUCACCCCCGAUAAUGACCAAAACCGGGCCUACUCGGCUGCUCAUCUACUCGAGUCGGCCCGAACACUGCUUGACCCCUGGAACGACGACUACGGGUUGGAUGACGCCCGAGCUCUCGUGCUGAUUUCUAUUGCCCUCAACGAACUGAACCUCAAGUCGGCAGCGCGGACCUGGCUUAGCAAAGCGGUGAGUCUGGCCCAGGAUCUUGGUCUCUACACUGAGCCCGGACCGGGUUCGUUUAUCGAAUGUGAAAUGCGCCGAAGGGUAUGGUGGACCAUUUAUAUUCUUGAUCGCAGCCUGGCGGUCGAGCUCGGUAGGCCAAUGUUGAUUGAUGAUUCCGACUGUGACGUGUCCCUGCCAUUGGCCCUCGACGACUGCUAUUUCGCAGAGCGCGGCCCUAGGGUGCCAGACGGCGCAGAACCGCUCACGCAUUCUCUUCUCGCCAUUAUCAACGUUGUACGGACGUACCCGGCACUACGCCGGGCUCUCUCAUCGCCCGUCAUCGCCCCGACCCGGCUCGCCACCUUCGACCAGCACUUCGCCUCCUGUUUGCGUGCUUUCCCGGCAGCCUGUGAUCCCACGAGCAUGGCCGCGCUGACACCGGGGCUUCUGAACCCGCUGGUUUACUUGCUCCACGCCCGCCUGCUACUUCACCGGCACAACCUACUCCCCUCGUGUCCUCCAGACGUCCGCCUUAUAGCCAUUGAACAAUGCACACAUGCCGCUCUCGAAACCGCCUCCCUCCUCUCACGCACCGGUUCCUCCAUCGCGAGCGGCGCCACGGCCCUGCUCACCACCCACAUCUUCCGCUGCACACUCUUCCUCCUCCUGACAGGCUGCUUCGAACAAGCAUCUGACUGUAUCCGCGCCCUGGCCGCCGUCAACGAGCACCGCGAUGUCGCCAUACCCUGCGGCCGCUUCCUCGCCUUUUUUAUCUCGGCUUUGGCGUCCCGGCGCGCCGAGAUCUUGGCGUACCUCUCACACUCGCCUUCGCCGGCUCACCCCCCCUCUCCCUACGGCCCGCCGCCGCCGGCGCACCCCCCCUCGCCGGCGGCACUGCAAGAUGCGCUAUUACGAGACGAGGAGUUGCUCGCGUAUGUGAGCUCUGACCUGCAAGGGGGUCUUGAUACGGCCUGGGUCUGGGCCGGCAGCGAGCGGGAAGCAGCCGCCGCCGCUCCGGCGCCCUCGCCAGUCGGCGGGAAGCACAGCUUGUUCAGCAUUGAGGCAAGGACGGGUUUGACGAACGAGGAGAGGUGGGAUUGGGGCCCGACAGGGGCCGCCUGUGCUUCCGAGGCAGCAGCAGCAGCAUCAGCCGCAGCCGCAAGUGUCGUGGAACUCACCUCCGCCACCACCGCUGCCGUCCGUCCUGCCAUCGCAGCAGCAGCAGCCGCCUAUGCCGGUUAUCAAGAUGGAGAUGGGCCGGCCGGAUGCGAGGGUGGACAUGUCGGGCCUGCCGUCGUUGGCGAGUUCAAGGCCCUCGCAGGGACGCUCGUCAGUCAGUGCCAGUCCAACGUCUGGGGCAAGCGGGAUGAAUAA